AUGGACCAGCAGUAUAGACCCUACAGUUUCUUCACAAAAUUGACAGCAGAUGAGCUAUGGAAAGGUGCGUUAGCAGAGACUGGUGCUGGAGCAAGAAAAGGAAGAGGCAAAAGAGCUAAGAAAAAGAGGAGAAAGGAUUUGAACAGGGGCCAGAUCAUUGGUGAAGGACGUUCUGGUUUCCUCUGGCCUGGUCUGAAUCUCCCUCUUAUGAGAAACGGAGCAGUGCAGACUAUUGCUCAAAGAAGUAAGGAAGAGCAGGAGAAAGUGGAGGCCGACAUAAUCCAACAGAGAGAAGAGUGGGAACGGAGAAAGAAAAUUAAGGUUAAACGGGAACGAGGAUGGAGCGGAAACACUUGGGGAGGCGUCAGUCUUGGCACCCCUGACCCCGGUCCCAAUGGAGAAAUGUAUGACGAUUUUGAUACCAGGAUACUAGAGGUAAGAAAUGUGUUCAAUAUGACAGCAAAAGAGGGGAGAAAGAAGUCGGUCCGUGUCCUGGUGGCUGUGGGGAACGGAAGAGGCGCUGCAGGUUUUGCCAUUGGGAAAGCUACUGAAAGGAUGGAUGCUUUCAGAAAAGCAAAGAACAGAGCAGUUCACUAUCUGCAUUACAUAGAGCGAUAUGAAGACCAUACAAUCUUCCAUGAUAUUUCUUUAACAUUUAAAAGGACGCACAUCAAGAUGAAGAAGCAACCCAGAGGUUAUGGCCUCCGCUGCCACCGUGCCAUCAUUACCCUGUGCCGACUCAUUGGCAUCAAAGACAUGUAUGCAAAGGUGACUGGGUCUGUCAAUAUGCUCAAUCUCACCCGGGGCUUCUUCCAUGGACUCUCCCGCCAGGAAACCCAUCAACAGCUGGCUGAUAAGAAGAGUCUCCAUGUUGUGGAAUUCCGGGAAGAAUGUGGCCCUCUUCCCAUCGUGGUUGCCUCCCCCCAAAGAGCCUUGAGAAAGGAUCCAGAGCCAGAAGACGAGGUUCCGGACAUCAAACUAGACUGGGAAGAUGUGAAGACUGCACAGGGAAUGAAGCGCUCCGUAUGGUCAGGCUUAAAGAGAACUGCCACCUAA